AUGAGCUCAGUAGUAGGCCCUGACAGGAACCAUGAAGAGGGCAUGAGCAAGAAGGAUGGAGAAGGGAACAAGGUCCAACAGGUCCCCUUCUUGAAGCUCUUCGCCUUCGCCGACGCAUGGGACUACUUCCUUAUGGCCUUGGGCUCCAUAGGCGCCUGCGUUCACGGGGCAUCCGUCCCCGUCUUCUUCAUAUUCUUCGGCAAGCUCAUAAACAUCAUCGGCAUCGCCUACCUCUUCCCUACGUCGGUAACGCAUAGAGUUGCCAAGUACUCCUUGGAUUUCGUUUAUUUGGGGAUCGUUAUAUUGUUCUCCUCAUGGACUGAGGUGGCUUGUUGGAUGCACACGGGGGAGAGGCAAGCGGCAAAAAUGAGGCUAGCCUACCUUCGCUCCAUGUUAGAUCAGGAUAUAGGAGUCUUCGACACGGAGGCUUCGACAGGAGAGGUGAUCGCUGCUAUUACUAGCGAUAUCAUUGUAGUCCAGGAUGCCAUAUCUGAGAAGGUUGGCAAUUUCUUGCACUACAUCAGCCGAUUCGUCGCCGGCUUCGCCGUCGGAUUCGCCCACAUCUGGCAGAUCGGCCUCGUCACCCUCUCCAUCGUCCCGCUUAUCGCCAUUGCCGGCGGCAUCUACGCCUACAUCGCGACCGGCCUCAUCGCCCGAGUCCGGAAAUCCUACGUCAAGGCCGGAGAGAUAGCCGAAGAGGUGAUAGGCAACGUUCGGACCGUGCAAGCGUUUGUAGGGGAGGACAAGGCGGUGAGGGCUUAUAGGAAUGCCCUACUGAAGACUUACAGUUAUGGGAAGAAGGGCGGGCUGGCCAAGGGACUUGGUCUUGGGUCCAUGCACUGUGUUCUCUUCUGCUCAUGGGCUCUGCUUGUGUGGUUCGCUAGCAUUGUUGUCCAUAAGAAUAUAUCGAAUGGAGGAGAGUCGUUUACAACAAUGCUCAAUGUUGUCAUCUCUGGACUGUCAUUAGGCCAGGCAGCGCCAAACAUUUCCACAUUCCUCAGAGCAAGAACUGCCGCAUACCCAAUCUUCAAGAUGAUAGAGAGGAACACUGUUAACAAAACAAGUGCAAGGACAGGCCGGACGCUACCUAGUGUUGAGGGGCACAUCCAGUUCUGCAAUGUGUGCUUUAGCUACCCAUCACGUCCUGAUGUCUUCAUCUUCAAUGGUUUAAAUCUAGACAUACCAUCUGGGAAAAUUGUUGCCCUUGUUGGUGGAAGUGGGUCAGGAAAGAGCACGGUGAUCUCGCUCAUUGAGCGGUUCUAUGAGCCCCUCUUUGGGGCAAUACUACUGGAUGGCCAUAACAUUAAGGAAUUGGAGCUCAAAUGGUUGAGGCAGCAGAUUGGGCUGGUCAAUCAGGAGCCUGCCCUUUUUGCCACAAGCAUCCGGGAGAAUAUCCUCUAUGGGAAAGAUGAUGCGACGUUGGAUGAGAUAACACGUGCUGCCAAGCUUUCAGAGGCCAUCACUUUUAUAAACCACCUUCCUGAUCGAUAUGAGACACAGGUUGGUGAGCGUGGUGUUCAAUUAUCAGGUGGGCAAAAGCAGCGUAUUGCAAUAUCAAGAGCAAUACUUAAGAACCCUUCUAUCCUCCUUCUUGAUGAAGCUACGAGUGCACUUGAUGCUGAGUCCGAGAAGAGUGUUCAAGAGGCACUCGAUAGGGUCAUGGUGGGUCGCACUACAGUUGUGGUUGCGCAUAGGCUGUCCACAAUCAGGAAUGCAGAUGUCAUUGCAGUUGUCCAAGAUGGGAAGGUUGUGGAGACUGGAACUCAUGAGCAGCUCAUGUCAGAUCCUUGCAGUAACUAUGCGUCGCUAGUUCAGCUGCAAGAAGCCUCUUAUCAACAAUGCUCAUCAUACUCAGAGAGCAGCGGUACAGCACGACCUCUAAGCAUCAAAUAUUCUCGAGAACUGUCUGGUAGAAACACAAGCUUGGGAGCGAGCUUCCGCUCUGAAAAAGAUUCCGUUAGCCUCUAUGCUCCUGAAUCAAAUGAUUCACCAAAAGUGAGGCAUGUGUCCGUUAAAAGAUUAUACUCCAUGGUGCGGCCUGACUGGAUCUUCGGUGUUUUUGGCACUAUAGGUGCCCUUGUGGCUGGUUCCCAAAUGCCACUAUUUGCUCUUGGAGUAACACAAGCUCUCGUUUCCUACUAUAUGGGUUGGGAGACAACACAGAGGGAAGUAAAAAAGAUUGCAAUCCUAUUCUGUGGUGGUGCUGUUCUCACUGUCAUAUUCCAUGUCAUUGAGCACCUCAACUUUGGUAUUAUGGGUGAAAGACUGACACUUAGAGUGAGAGAGGAGAUGUUUGGAGCCAUUUUAAGAAACGAGAUUGGAUGGUUUGAUGACACCAAUAAUACUAGUGCAAUGUUGUCAUCUCGCCUGGAAACUGAUGCCACUCUACUACGGACAAUAGUUGUUGAUCGCUCAACGAUCCUCCUGCAGAAUAUUGGAAUGAUUGUAACCUCACUCAUCAUUGCUUUCAUCCUGAAUUGGCGUUUAACUCUUGUUGUCUUAGCCACAUACCCAUUGAUGGUCAGUGGGCAUAUCAGUGAGAAAUUAUUCAUGCAAGGUUAUGGGGGCAACUUGAAUAAGGCGUACCUAAAGGCGAACAUGCUUGCUGCUGAGGCUGUAAGUAACAUCCGCACUGUUGCUGCCUUCUGCUCAGAAGGGAAGGUUAUUGAUCUCUAUGCCAAUGAGCUCAAGGAACCCUCCAGGCGAUCUUUUCGGCGUGGCCAGAGUGCAGGAGUUUUUUAUGGUGUCUCUCAGUUCUUUCUCUUUGCUUCAUAUGCUCUGGCCUUGUGGUAUGGGUCAGUUCUCAUGGGCAAAGAGCUUGCCAGCUUUAAGUCUGUCAUGAAAUCAUUCAUGGUUCUGAUAGUUACGGCAUUAGCCAUGGGAGAGACACUAGCGCUAGCCCCAGAUAUUAUUAAAGGAAAUCAAAUGGUGGGAUCAGUGUUUGAGGUGAUCGACAGGAAGACUGAGGUCUUAGGUGAUGUUGGGGAGGAUGUGGGAAGGGUUGAGGGAGCGAUCGAGAUGAAGGGAGUGAAGUUUUGCUAUCCUUCUAGGCCUGAAGCUAUCAUUUUCAAGGACUUUGAUCUUAAAGUGAAGGCCGGGAAGAGCAUGGCAUUGGUGGGGACAAGUGGUUCAGGCAAGAGCUCUGUAUUAGCGCUGAUACUAAGGUUUUAUGACCCAACCGCAGGAAAAGUGCUGAUUGACGGUAAAGAUAUUAAAAAACUUAGGCUGAAAUCCCUCCGGAUGCACAUAGGCCUUGUUCAACAAGAGCCGGCACUCUUUGCCACGAGUAUUUAUGAUAACAUCCUCUAUGGUAAGGAUGGUGCCACAGAGGCAGAGGUUAUUGAGGCUGCCAAGCUCGCAAAUGCCCACUCCUUCAUCAGUGCCCUCCCAGAAGGCUACUCGACAAAAGUUGGGGAGAGAGGAGUCCAACUAUCAGGUGGGCAGAAGCAGCGCGUCGCUAUUGCCCGAGCCAUUAUCAAGAAUCCUGCCAUCCUGCUGCUUGAUGAGGCCACAAGUGCGCUUGAUGUCGAGUCAGAGCGUGUGGUCCAGCAGGCACUUGAUAGGGUCAUGAAGAAUCGCACCACAGUAAUGGUAGCACACAGGCUAUCUACUAUCCAGAAUGCUGAUGUUAUUUCGGUGUUGCAGAAUGGGAAGAUCAUAGAACAAGGGGACCAUUCAACCCUGGUGGAGAAUAAGAAUGGGGCCUAUUUCAAAUUGAUCAGCUUGCAGCAGCGGCAGCAGCAGCAAAAAUAA